AUGGAUGCUGUUUUGGUGUUAAGACAGGAGCUUGCCUUGAUCCUAGAAGUCUUGGAGUAUAAAGUUGGUCAGUUUGUAACUGCCACCAAAGUUCUUGGCACAGUCAAGUGGUUCAAUGUCAGAAAUGGAUAUGGCUUUAUCAACAGAAAUGAUACCAAAGAAGACGUGUUUGUUCAUCAGACAGCAAUAAAGAAAAACAACCCACGGAAAUACCUGCGCAGUGUUGGUGAUGGAGAGACUGUGGAAUUUGAUGUAGUCGAGGGAGAGAAGGGUGCAGAAGCAGCUAAUGUCACUGGUCCAGAUGGAGUCCCUGUAGAAGGCAGCCGCUAUGCUGCAGACCGGCGCCGCUAUCGACGUGGCUAUUUUGGCCGACGCCGUGGACCGCCUCGAAGCGGUGGUGAGGGCGAGAUCAAGGAUGGGCUCACAGAAGGAGGACAGCUUCAUCAACAAGUCAAUAGGAAUCCUACAUAUCGUCCCCGCUAUCGCAGAGGGCCCCCACGUCCACGCCCUGCCCCAGUGGCUGGAGAGGCUGAAAACAAAGAGAACCAUCAUGAGGCUAAUGCUAUGAGAGAGCAGCCACUUCGCCGUGGGUAUAGGCGCCCGUACAACUACCGGCGUCGACCUCGUCCACCCAGUGCUCCAGCUCAGGAUGGGAAAGAGACAAAGGUGACUGAAACACCUGCUGAAAAUCCUGCUCCAGUGACUGAGCAGAGUGGUGCUGAGUAAUGUCCGGCUCCCCAGGCACCACUACCAUCCCUCAGGUGUCCUAAAAUACAACUCAAAGUAACACCAAAGAAACACAAGCAAUAAAUUGUCAACAGUAACGAUGAAAGCAAAGAUAUGAGACAUCGGAACUUAAAAGAAAAAAAAACUUACCAGCAGCUGAGAUCCAGGGAACGCCUGCAAGAUAGAUGCGUGAAGAGAGAAAAAGAGAGCGAGAUUCAGAAAGAGCAACCUCCCCAGUUUCAACAGCAACUGUGGGGUUUUUUGGUUUUUUUUUAGAAUUUCACUGUUUCGCUAGUAUUGCAUUUUUCAAUUUUUCUUUUGGUAUCAAACUGAAAAGGGAAAAAACCCAACCAAAGAACUGAAAUUGAAAUCAAAUGCUUUUUUUAUUGGAUGCUGGUGCUAAACCUCCCAGGUGUGAUGAAUUUUUUUUUUCUGUGCCAGUCCUGGUCACUGCAGGACAGGGGGAGGAGAAACUUCCGCUUUCCUUGGUAAGAUCUGUUUGAAACUGUGCAGCAUGGGUGACGUUCCUCACAAAUAAAACUGAUUUCAACUACCAAA